UGAGCUAUUUUUUAACCCAAAUUUGAGGAUGUAGGUCAAGCUGAACCAAAGGCAUUUUCCAUCAAAUUAGGAAUUUGUUGGUAAGUAGAAUUAUUUUCAUUGUUUAAGCAUAUAAUUUAACAAAUGUGUAUAUCUUUAAUGUAAUGCAAUAUAUUCUAAAUUCGGUCAAAUGGAUGGAAAUUGAUCGCAGGAAAAGAAAGCGGAAGUGAAAUUUGACAGUCUGACAUUGAAAAUGUAAACAGAUCAAAAUCUAGCAGAUAUUCACUUUUUGCAUACUUAUGAUGACUGAAAUAUAAUGUGGCAAUUGUGUAUAUUGUAGUGAUGAAUAUUUAUAGCAUCUGUGAAUACAAAUGUUUCAAUAAUUUCUUGAACUAUACCGAAUUUCCAGCUGUUUCUUAACCAAGUGCCCUUCUAGUUUUUGUCAUAGUUUCGUUAAAAAUAGGAAUUUUUGAAUUUUCUUUUCAGUAUUUUUAUCCUAAAGAAUAGUACAGUCAGAAAUUACUCAUAUCUCAUUUUCGCCCAAAAAGUGGUUUCGGGCCAAAAAUCCCGUGACUGGUCACAUAUGUUUAACUAUUUUGACAGUAUGCACUAGAUUUAUAUAUUAAGAUAAAAUAGGAUACUCACGGUUAAUUCAAAACUUAAAAUAUUACCUGUCUAAUAUUUAUAAAUUGAAAACAUUAAAUCAUUUAAGCGGGGUUGUAGAUAACAUUCAGUAUAACCAACACGUGUAAAACGUUUACAUAUUGGUUAUCAAUACCUCGUUUCAUAUCUCGUGUUUGGACUGGGUUUAAAACUGCUCGAGGGCGGAAGUAAUAUACAUUUGGAAAGGAACAGGUUGUACAAAAUGCCAUCAACAUUUUUCAUUUGAGAACCACCCGAACCAGUGACUAUGUCGACCUUUCUGGUAGUCGCCAGCAUAGAUUUUGGAACCACCUACUCGGGAUGGGCCUACUCAUUCCGCCACGAGUUCGAAGAAAACCCCGCUAAAGUGAACGCAAAAACAUGGCACGGCGGCAAUUUUGUUUCACUUAAAGGCCCAACAUGUGUCCUUAUUAAACCAGAUGGGAAGACCAUUGAAGCUUUUGGCUACGAUGCUGAGACCCAAUAUGCAGAUCUAGCCGCUGAGAAUAAACACAAAGAGUGGUACUACUUUCGGAGGUUCAAAAUGAAGCUUUUUGACAAAGAAACACUGACGAUGUCUUUAGAGAUUGAAGAUGAAGAUGGAAAGCGGCUGAAAGCAAGCACGGUCUUUUCCUUGUCCAUUCGCUAUCUGAAGGACGAUUUAAUGAAAACUUCUUCUGACAAAUUAAGUGGCGAUAUCACGCAUAAGGACAUUCAUUGGGUUAUCACAGUCCCAGCAAUUUGGAGUGAACCGGCCAAGAAAUUCAUGCGUGAGGCAGCUAGAGAGGCUGGCAUACCAUUUGGUCAGUUGAGCAUUUGCCUCGAACCGGAGGCGGCUUCCAUUUAUUGCCGCCAUUUGCUAAUGGAAAAAAGUUCUGACACCUCCGUGUCAACUUUCAAACCGGGAACAAAAUACUUGGUCUUGGAUGCUGGCGGUGGUACUGUGGACAUAACAGUUCACGAAAUCACUCAAGAGGGAAAACUGAAAGAACUUUUACAGGCAUCAGGGGGCGCAUGGGGUGGCACAAAGGUAGACGAUGCGUUUCUAGAGCUAUUCAAUAAAAUAGCAGGUGUUAACAUUAUCGAGAGACUAAAAAGUGAAAAUAUGGAAGAUUACUUAGAACUGAUAAGAAAUUUCGAAGUGAAGAAACGGGAUAUCAUUGACAAACCUGGGAUAACCGUCAUUCGUAUUCCAAUCAGUUUGAUGGAACUUGCUGAAGAGAUGACCGGAAAAAGUCUCAAGCAAUUGCUGCAAAAUUCGCCGUAUAAAGAAAGCAUCCGACAGGACAAAGAUAAGUUAAAAUUUGACACAUCAGUAUUAGUGUCAAUUUUCAACACUACAAUAGAGAAUAUCGUUGGCCAUGUUGGAACACUAUUUCAGAAGACGGCUACGGGUUGCCAAACUGUUCUGAUGGUUGGGGGAUUUUCAGACUCUAAACUGCUACAAGACAAAGUUAAGGUUGCGUUUAACAAAAAAACCCUGAUAGUUCCUCCGGAUGCAGGUUUGGCUGUAUUGAAAGGAGCAGUUGUUUUUGGACACAAUAGGAGGGAAAUUGUAUCGCGAAUUGCAAGAUAUUCGUAUGGUUUAUCUGCUUGUGUAAAAUUCGAACCGAAGUCACAUCCAGAGGAAAAACUGAUUAUUGUAGAAGGUAAACCAAAAUGUAAGGGAUGUUUUUCCACACUUGUUCGAAAGUACGAAACAGUUGACAUGGAAACAGCAUGCAAACAAAAAGGCUUUAGUCCACUUAGGCCAUUUUCAUAUUUUGAUGCUAAUCUGUAUUGCUCAUCAAAAGAGUAUCCACAAUAUGUCGACGAAGAAGGUUGCCACCAUAUUGGACGUUUUAAAGUGAAUUGUCGCGAUAAAUUUGGAAAUAUUGGAAGUGCAAAUCUAUCCCUUCUCUUUGGGGGCACGGAGGUUGAAGCUCGGGCAGUUUUACAAAGUACCCUUGAAGAAGCUACAGCAACCUUCGAUCUUCCUGAUUAAAUAUCUACAGCUUGUACAUGUACUGAAUGUUUAAUCGGAUUUUAUUUUGUUGUAAAAAAUAUUCCAAACCUUUACAAACAGUUUUCAAGUAAUUUAUUAGUGUGUAUGAUAGCUCGUUAAAUUAAAAUAUACUUUAUGCAAAAAUAAGGACUUGCAAAAGCUACUGCCGUUGCUUCAGUACUUACCUGUUCGUCCCUACACGUCUCUGAUGUUCAUUUAAUUUAUUCAAAAAUAUCAAAUGUAAACACUUCAAACUUGGAACAUUUGCUAACAGAAAAAAAAUUGUGCAUAGAUAUACCAACUUUCAUCAACUUAAAAGUUUUGAAUGGAUGCGAAUGAAACUUGAUGCAUCACUAAACGACGAUUUUAUAUGAACAUCAGAAAAACUAAGUGACUAAGUAUUCAAAAUGCAUGUGUUUUUUUUUCAAAAACUUAUUUCGUAAAAUGAUUGACAAUGAAGGAUUAACGGCAAUAUCUAUUUCUGCACAUUUUACGAAUCAUAACUCUGUGACACAUUGUUUUCCGAAAAGCAUCGUUGUUUAAGGAAUUGUUUAAGUAAGUGAAGGACAAAUGUGUUUUUGCAUCCAUGUUAUUUUCUUUGAAACAUUAAACAUUGUUUUGCGUUAAAUGUGUAAAUAUUGUUAAAAGUGACUUUUGAUUGAAACAUUAUUUAAGAACUGCUUAGGUUUUAAACAGAGUUUUCAUUCUUUGACCCAUAUAUAUUAACACGUAUACUGUUAUGUAUAUCGAUAAACAUCUACUCUUGGUACAUAUUCACCUAUAGUUUGUUUAUUGAAUAUAAAAAAACAUAAUUGGAUAAUAAAAAAAAAUCUAAAAGUGACUACCUCUGUGGGUAACUUUUCCCUCGCAUACAAAAUCAGUAUCUGUUGUUCUAUUUGUGCUAGCAAAUUGAAUCAUGUUACCCUGAAAGCUUAGUCACACACAUGAACGCGUCAGUAGAUAUACUGAAGUGUGUAUUGUUAUGCAACUGAAUUCAUGACAUAUCAAAAUAGUAUGAACAAAUUAGUCAUUAAAUAAAAUGUAUGAUUUGUAUUAUUUUUGUAAUUGACAACAUAUAACUUUUAAAUCAUUACUGUAAGAACAUUUUGUAUGGUAUUGCAUUUCUCACUUAUAAAGUCU